AUGUCUUUCAAAUUACCAACUUUACCUUAUUCCCUUUCUGCCCUCAAACCUCAUAUUUCUGAGGAGACACUCUCAUUUCAUUAUGGCAAACAUCAUGCCGGUUAUAUCAACAAGUUGAAUGCACUUGUUAAAGGGACGAAAUUUGAAAGUUUAACUCUGGAAGAACUACUAAAAACUACUUCUGGAGCCAUAUUUAACAAUGCAGCUCAAUCAUGGAAUCACAACUUUUAUUGGAAUUCCAUGUCACCAAAUGGAGGCGGUGAGCCUUUUGGGGCCGUAAAACAAAAGAUUAAUGAGAAAUUUGGCACUUUUGAAUCCUUCAAAAAGGAGUACUCAAGUCUAUUGGUUGGCCAUUUUGGAUCUGGUUGGGGGUGGCUUGUGCAGAGACAAGAUGGUACUGUAGAUAUCGUACAGACGCAUGACGCUGGGAACCCAAUAGCUGAUGGUACGGGUAAGCCCAUUUUGGCGUGUGACAUUUGGGAGCACGCCUAUUAUUUGGACUAUAAAAACGAUCGUGCUAGUUAUGUUAAUGCUUGGUGGAAUACUAUUAAUUGGGAAUUUGCAAAUAAACAGCUCCAAUGA